UCCAUUUCUCCAUUCCACCCCCCCCCCUCCCCUCCCAACCUCCAGCUCCAGCUGUGGGACACAGCAGGACAGGAGCGUUUCCGUAAGUCCAUGGUGCAACACUACUAUCGCAACGUCCACGCCGUCCUCUUCAUAUAUGAUGUCACCUGCCCUGCAAGCUUCCGCAGUCUGACUGCCUGGAUAGAAGAGUGCCGGCAGAACUCCCUCGGGCAGGACAUCCCCAGGUUCCUGGUGGGUAAUAAGAGCGACCUGCGGGACCCCAGCAGGGCCACUGGCCAGGUGAGCCAGGAGCUGGCGGCCAGCUUUGCCAAAGCCCACGGCAUGAUGUCUUUUGAGACGUCGGCCAAGAACCCGCCAAACAAAUGCGGCAACGGUCGACUAGUUGAUGCCGAGGUGUCGUAUCAGCAGGAUAAAGUGGAAGACAUCGUUGCUGCUCUUGGUGCCAAACUGAAGAGACCUUCAGUACCAAGCUCCCCGGACUGCGGCUCCUUUAAAAUCCUCAACAAGAAAAGAGCCGAGAAAGAGCUAUGGACCUGCUGCUGAGAGGCGUUUCUCUUUUCAGAUGGGAUGUUUUAGCUCUUUAUAGGUCUGUGAUUAAUGUGAACAUGUGUUUGGGUGAGGAAGCGAAUGACUGUGAUUGUGUGUAUAAUAAUCAGUUUUGGACCAAAGACAAAACAACAAAUGUUACAUUUGAAAUACAGCUGCUGUUACUCAAACACCAAUCUUAAAUGUGGAAAUUCUUGUAUAUUUGUGAUAUUAUUAAUGCAAAAUAAAAGACUGUGAAUGUA